AUGUUGUAUGACGUAUUGCUGAGUGAGGAGGAUUCGCACUCUCUUCAGCAAAUGCGUGUACUUCAUCCAUGUACACUCCGUUUAAUGAAACGAAUCCUCAGUAAAUGGAAUGUGGAUUUCCAUCGGAACCUGAAGAACGUAGUCGCUAAUCUUUCGAAACACAAGGAGAAAUCGUAUAUUAUAUAUUAUUCAGAUCAUUGGGAUGGGAAAAGAGAAUCGAAGAGAGUAUUGAAGUUUGAAUAUGAUUCGUGCAAACACACUCAGUUUUGCUUGCCCAAUGAUCGAAUGAACUUUUUGUUCACUCUGAUCGCAGCGUAUUGUUUGCUGUGUUUGGACUAUUUCCCAUUCAAACUCUUCACAAAGUAUUUGAUAAAGAAGCUGGAAGGGAAGCAAGACGAGGAAGAAUCCAGGGAAACAGAAAGAGAAGAGCAAAACGAGAUUUCGGAAGCGAUUCGAGACAUUUGGAAUUCGUGUGAUGAAAUCGCGUCGUUUAACGAGUACGAAAAGUAUUGUACAUCGGCAGAAAACGAGAUUCUUCUGAAAGAAAAUGGCGGAACUCGAUUCGAGGAAGGAUUUGUAGCGACAUUUGAAGCGAAUAUAAAGUAUUAUCUUCAAGUAGCAAAUCGUUUUGAUUAUUUCUGA